AGUAUUUCGGAAGUGGAAAAUAUAAAAGGCGGAGCUGCUCCGUUCGUAUUCCGACUCAGCCCAUCAGAAUCCUGCCUGAGCACCACCUGGCGAUCAACCAGCCACCGUUGAGACUCCGGUGACAGGUGCCUCGCCGGCGACACGCCACGCCUUCACGUUUCUUCCUAGUAUCUCGCACCCAUACGCCAAUCAAUCGAAGCCGUUGUGUUAUUAUUUACUUUCGUUUUUCAAAGCUCAAUUUGAUGCGAAUCCCGAGAGGUUCGGUUCCAUUUUACUGAUCCCGUGGACUGAAAUUCAAUUCGGUUUCUCGAACGGCGUGUUGUUGGUGGAAUCGGACAACAGUCCUCUGAUGUUUUGGUUUCGGAUUUGGAUUUGGAGCUGUGGAGCUCGGUAGGAUUGCGAAUUGAGGUAUUUGGAAGGAAGGAAGUGAUUGCUUCGGCUUUGUUUUGAUUUCAAGUCUAUUCUACACUCCAAUUUGGAGCGGGUAGUUGUCGCUUUUCUUGUCCUUGAUUGGAGUUGAAGGUAGCUCCGUGGCUUCAAUUAGCUUGGAAGAAGUAUUUGAUUUCGAGAGGAAUUACGUCACGUUAGUUUCAGCAUUUUUUAUAUUCGGGCCUCUGUUUCGUUUUGGGCGAUAUUCCCGCAUCUCAUCUACAAUGGUUUCUGGGAAUUUGUUUCACUGUAGAAAGAACUCAUGGCCGCCCGACGAGUAUAUCAGCAAGUCGACUUUGCAGCUGUUUGAUUUUGAUAGUGCUGCACCACCUGAACAAGCCUGGAGAAGGAAAUUAAAUGGCCAUGCGAAUAUUCUUAAAGAAUUUAGUGUCACAUUUAUUGAAGCAAUUAAAAUGGUUCGACUUGGCAUUCGCUUGUGGUCCUACGUAAGGGAAGAGGCUUCUCAUGGAAGGAAAGCACCUAUUGAUCCAUUCACCCGAGAAAGUUGCAAACCUUCAGCAUCUCAAGGGGUUCCACUUGGAGGAAUGGGAAGUGGCAGUAUAUCCAGAGGUUUUCGAGGCGAGUUCAGGCAAUGGCAAAUUGUUCCUGGUACAUGUGAAGCCUCUCCUGUCAUGGCCAAUCAAUUUUCUAUAUUUAUUUCAAGAGAUGGAGGAAGUAAAAAAUAUGCAUCAGUUCUGGCUCCUGGUCAACAUGAAGGCUUAGGGAAAGCUGGGGACUCAGGAAUAUCAUCGUGGGGAUGGAAUCUUGAUGGUCAGCAUUCCACAUAUCAUGCUUUGUUCCCUAGGGCAUGGACAGUAUACGAUGGUGAACCAGAUCCAGAACUUAAAGUUUCUUGUAGGCAAAUAUCACCAUUUGUACCACAUAAUUAUAGAGAUAGCAGUCUUCCCACUGCUGUUUUUGUAUAUACAUUGGUAAAUACUGGACGUGAAAGGGCAAAAGUGAGCCUUCUUUUUACUUGGGCGAAUUCAAUAGGAGGAAUCUCACAUUUAUCUGGCGAUCAUGUGAAUGAGCCAUUUAUAGGUGAAGAUGGAGUAGCUGGAGUGCUUCUACAUCACAAAACUGCAAAGGGGAAUCCUCCAGUUACCUUUGCCAUAGCUGCAUGUGAGACGCAAAAUGUUAGCGUUACAGUUUUGCCAUCUUUUGGACUCUCUGAAGGAAGUUGCAUCACAGCAAAGGACAUGUGGGAUAAAAUGGUGCAGGAUGGGGAAUUUGAUCGUGAUAACUUCAGCUCGGGACCAAGCAUGCCUUCCUCACCUGGGGAGACACUUUGUGCUGCGGUUGCAGCCUCUGCAUGGGUGGAACCUCAUGGAAAAUGCACUGUCGCAUUUUCUCUGUCAUGGUCAUCUCCAAAAGUCAAGUUUUUGAAGGGAUUCUCAUAUCAUAGGAGGUACACAAAGUUUUAUGGUACUUCUGAAAAGGCUGCUCAAAUUUUGGCACAUGAUGCACUUACAAAUUAUAAAAGAUGGGAAGAGGAGAUUGAGAAAUGGCAGAGGCCUAUCCUCAUGGACGAAAGGCUACCUGAAUGGUAUAAGUUCACAUUGUUUAACGAGCUUUAUUUUCUGGUUGCUGGUGGCACAGUCUGGAUUGAUUCUCCCUUGGUGGAUAUACAAAAGCCAAAUGAUCAAGAUGAACUAGCUGGAAUGAAAAAGGAUGAUAUAAAAGCAACAGAAGCUAAAGUUAGUGGUAAGGGAGAAGAAGUCUCCAAGACUACGACCACCACUACUCUUAACGGUUUUGCUGAUAUCGAAUUUGAUGGUGAUGAAAAUUCUACUUCUAGUUCCCAUGUAAGUGAAGAUGAGUCAAUUGUUCCAUUGAAAAGGGGCUAUAACGACCACUCUUGUCAAAGAUACAAAGUAUUGGACCCGGAAAAUCCUGAGGAAGAUGUUGGUAGGUUUCUUUACUUGGAAGGAGUAGAGUAUGUGAUGUGGUGCACAUAUGACGUGCAUUUUUAUGCAUCCUUUGCCCUUCUCGAGCUAUUUCCCAAGAUUGAACUCAAUAUUCAACGGGACUUUGCAAAAGCAGUCUUAUCAGAGGAUGGAAGAAAAGUAAAGUUUCUUGCUGACGGAAGAUAUGGAAUCCGUAAAGUUAGGGGUGCUGUUCCACAUGACCUCGGGACACAUGAUCCUUGGAAUGAAAUGAACGCUUACAACAUCCAUGAUACGAGCAGGUGGAAGGAUUUGAACACAAAGUUCGUGCUUCAGGUUUAUAGAGAUUUUGCUGCAACUCGUGACAUGUCAUUUGGAGUUGAUGUUUGGCCUUCUGUUCGUGCUGCGAUAGAAUACCUCGAACAAUUUGAUAGAGAUGGUGAUGGUGUUAUUGAGAACGAUGGGUUUCCAGACCAGACCUAUGAUACUUGGACUGUUCAUGGUAUUAGUGCAUACUGUGGUGGUUUGUGGGUUGCUGCUUUACAGGCAGCAGCAGCAAUGGCCCAUCAGCUGGGCGACCGAGAUUUUGCUGAAACUUGCAAGGGCAAAUAUCUGAAAGCCAAAUCCGUUUUGGUAGCGAAACUGUGGAAUGGUUCUUAUUUUAACUAUGACAGUGGAUCAAGUAGUAACAGUAAAUCUAUACAAGCUGAUCAACUAGCAGGGCAAUGGUAUACAGCAUCCUCUGGUUUGCCUCCUCUGUUUGAUGACUUCAAAAUCAGAAGUUCUCUGAAGAAAAUCUACGACUACAACGUGAUGAAAAUUAGAGGAGGCAGGAUGGGCGCUGUAAAUGGAAUGUAUCCUAAUGGAAAGGUGGAUGAGACCUGCAUGCAGUCUCGUGAAAUAUGGACUGGUGUUACCUAUGCUGUUGCAGCUACGAUGAUCCUUUCUGGUAUGGAGGAGGAAGCAUUUAAAACUGCAGAGGGCAUUUUCCUUGCUGGCUGGUCGGAAGAGGGAUUUGGGUACUGGUUCCAGACCCCAGAGGCAUGGACCACGGAUGGGCACUUCAGAUCCCUGAUAUAUAUGAGACCACUGGCUAUCUGGAGCAUGCAGUGGGCGCUAUCCCUACCAAAGGCAAUACUCGAGGCCCCGGAAGUCAACAUAAUGGACAGAAUCCAAGUCUCCCCUGCCAACACAAGGUUCUUUCGCCACGAAACCGGUGUCAGAAGGAUCGCCACAAAAGCUAAGUGUUUUGGUGAUUCUGUUUUCAAUUGUGCAUGCUAGUGCCUAUUUUUUUUUCAUUAGUCCUUAUAAAGUUGUCUUUGCUGAGCGAUGUUCAUGUGCUGCCUCAAACCUCUCCGGCAGUUGAAAAGUAAAAUACUGAGGGUAGGUUUGGGGAAAGCAUGAUUGUAGAGUUGGGUAAGUCAUGGUGGAGGUAAUACAUGGGGCGGGUCAAAGCCUGGAUAAGCUUAUUCUCUCGGCUGCUUCUUCCUUCUGUCUAGUAAAAUGUUUAUAUAGAGAAUCUCGUGCCAUAAUUUAUUAUUAUUCAUCUUUUUUUAAUAUUCCUGCAAGAUUCUUGGUCUGAAAUAUUGGAACAGAAAAUAUUGCCAUUGAGGCUCAGUUGUGUUGGCUGGGUUAUCCAGUGCAUUUAGAUUCACAUUU